AUGUCGAGCUACGAAAAGAAGUUUGAGUACAGGGGUCCAGCGGACGAGAUCGCUGAGCCCGAGGGACUUUCAACCGUCCGGUCGAGGGACCUCGUCGACGGUGCCCCUGCUGGCUACCAUGACCGUGACGUCUUUGGUAAUGAGGAAGGUGCUGAUAUCAAAUACAAAACACUGUCAUGGCCCCUCGUUGCCGUCCUCAUGAUUGCGGAAAUUGUCAGCAAUGGCAUGCUCUCCUUGCCAGCAGCGACAGCAGUGGUCGGCAUCGUCCCCGGAGUCAUCCUGAUUGUUUUCCUUGGGCUCUUUGCAUUAUACACCUCGCUGGUGCUCAUAGACUUUAAAAUCAACCACCCAGAAGUCCAUAAUAUGGGCGACGCCGGUAAGAUCCUCGGAGGGCCCAUAUUGCGAGAAAUCCUCGCCGCGGGCACAGUCAUCUUCGCCGUGUGUGCCACGGGGUCACAGCUACUUGCUGGGCAGAUCGCCUUGGGUGUAUUGUCGGACAACAAGCUCUGUCUGAUGUGGUAUACCGGAAUAUUUGCAAUUCCAACCCUCUUGCUUUCUUUUCCCCGGACCCUGGACCAGCUCUCCUGGCUCUGCAUUCCUUCAUGCAUCUGCAUUCUGGUGGCCGGCGUGGUAGGGAUGGGAGCCGCUGGAGGAAAUCCCGCCCCGGAUCGACACGUCGACGUCGUCCGUUCCGCCAGUUUUUAUAACGCCUUUGUGUCCAUUACGAAUCCCGUGUUUGCGUACGCAGGACAUUUUAUGUUUUUUAUCCUGAUCUCCGAGAUGAAGCAGCCCGCCGAUGCCAAAAAGGCAGCGUGGGUGUUGCAGGUUUUUGCGACCACGUUUUAUACUGUUUUCGCUAUCGUCAUGUAUGUGUAUCUAGGGCCGUCGGUACAGUCGCCAGCCUUUUCAUCCCUCCCCACCAAAUGGGCGAAAGCCACGUACGGUAUCGCCCUUCCCAACUUCCUCAUCGCUGGCUCCUUGUACUCCCACACCGCCGCCAAGUUGUUCUUCAUUCGGUUUUUCCGCAAAUCUCGCGAUCAUCUCCACAAACAUACCGUCUUAGGCUGGGCCACCUGGACCAUCCUCAUCGUCCUUGCCAAUGGAGCCGCAUUUGUCUUGGCUGUGGGUGUACCUAUAUUCGCUUAUCUGGUGAGUAUUGCGGCCAGUCUGUUCGCAAGCUGGUAUACCUACGGGAUCGCCGGUGCUUUUUGGUUAUAUGAUGCCUAUCACGGGAUGGACAUGGAUCGAGUGAAAGGCAUGUACGGCAUCAGGGCAUGGGCUGGAAGUCCAAUCAAGACAGUAAUUAAUGUGGCGACAUUUGCUGCAGGAGCCUUCAUCUGCGUUGCCGGAACAUACGUCUCAAUCAAGCUGAUCGUCGACGCGUACGACAGCGGCACGGUCGGGGCGCCUUUCGCUUGCUAA